GCUCAAUACAACAAACUCAACAGACGUAUUUUCACGUCAUAACAGCUCAAAAGAGGUGAUUAUCGACGAGGGAAACAGUAGUGAUGCUAUACUUGCACCAGUGAAACGACGAAAGAAUGUCACCGAAUUCGAGUUAAUCAUCGAUGCAGUCCCACUCAAGUACAUGUAUGUAUAUGUUGGUAUACUUUAUCUGAGUGUUAUAAUUAUGAUUGUGGUACUGGAUGGUGCGCUACCACGAUUAUACGGUGAAACUGUUGUGAUUACAUCAGCACGAAAUACGGAUACGUUUUGUUCGGCCUCUGAAGAACCGAGACCACUGGUACAUAACAUACCACCUGAAUACGAUUCAUUACGGUCAUCACCGAUACUUCCAUUACAUAAUAAUGGAUAA